UUUAUCAGACUCUUCUUCUCUGCUGUAAAUUAGAAAACGUGUAGUUACUCUUCCGGUUAGAUGGCUGAUAGUUAUAUGUCUCAACUUGAUGUUGCUUCUUUGAAAGAGACUCUAUGUGCUCAACAACAGCUUCUACAGAAGCUUUACAGUGAAUUGGAUGAAGAAAGAGAAGCCUCCUCCAGUGCGGCUAGUGAAGCGUUAUCGAUGAUCUUACGUCUCCAAGGAGAAAAAGCUGCAGUAAAAAUGGAAGCCGAGCAGUACAAGCGAUUGGCUGAGGAGAAAAUGUGUCAUGCCGAGGAAUCAUUAGCCAUUUUUGAGGAUCUUUUCUAUGGAAAGGAGAUGGAGAUAGCUGCAUUGGAGUAUCAGGUUCAAGCUUAUCGGUAUAAGCUGUUGAGCAUGGGCUGUGUAGAUCCCGGGGUCGGUGAAUUUAAAUAUCCUGAGAAUUUGUUGCAAAGAAACGAGAAUUUAGCAGGCGAAAUGAAUCUCCAAGCCCUUGGAAGGCGUAAUUCUGCCCCUCCUUUUCCCCUGAAAAUUCCAAAGAGGGGUGCUAUGGAAAUAGAUGAUUCAAGUUCGGAAAUAGAUUCAAAUUCGAAAACAGUGGAGGAAUAUACAGGGCAAGAGAUGAAUGAGCAGCAGUCAGAUACAGAGAAGAAGACAGAUAUUUCCAUUUCCACGACUGGAAGUAUCAAUUCGUAUUGGCAACAAAUUCGGAAGUUGGAUGAUCGAGUGAAAGAUAUUACAGGAGUUAGCUGCGCGAAUAUCAGGAGUGAAACGAGGUCUCCUUCACCGCUUUCUCAAAGAAGCAUUAAGAUAAGCAAAUCGGAAAAUGAAACGUACCAGCCGCCUAAGCUUCACGUGAGCAAAUCAGAAAAUGACUCACCUGCUGAUUCUGGUUGUUCUCCGAAUGUUCUUGAUGUCUUUGAAGUGCCUCGAGCAGAUAAGGAUACCAUUGAUAUCGGAUUGCCUCCUAAACAUGAUCGCAAGAUGGUUUCACAUAACGAUGAAAGGCUCGAGAGACCUGAUUCUGCCCAACAAGAGGCUGUAAAAUCAUCGGUUAGAGAUGAAGCUGAUUUGCUAAAGAAGUACUUUGUAUCUUCACAGCGAGAGAACAAGCUACGAAGAGCAAGUGAAGCUGCUGCUAUUACCUGCCAUUUGGCAAUAUCUCGCCCUACAACCAGCAUUUCCGAGACUAGCGAAUCUCAUCAGCCCAAUCGAACAUCUGAGAUAGUUGAAGUUGGAAGAGAAGCGUCAAGAUAUGAAAUGGCUCGAGAAGAAGAACUGAAGUUGUUACACGACAUUAAAGAGCAACUAAAUUUGAUGCACUCUGAAAUCCAAAGUUUGAAAAGCGACAAACUCCCUCCAAGUGACGACGAACCAUCCUUACUUCUUCUAUCAGAGGCAAUGGUUCACUUUUGGCUCUGAUGGAUCUAUCAAAAGCUCGAGCGCCAGCAGUCACCUGGAGUUGCCUCGGCCGUUACAUAAUCAAGAUGCUGCCAUUCUGUGACUUCUGAAUA